AUGGUUUCGACUUCAACACGACCAACUCGCCCACGUCGCUUCGCGGUGAUUGGAGCUGGAGGUGCAGCAGGGCUCGCCUCACUCAAAGUACUAUUUGAUGAGCUUCGCGACUAUGUUCGAGCUGGGGAAGUCGAGGUAGUGGGGUUUGAACAGCGUGAAGAUGUCGGAGGCGUCUGGCUUUCCGAGCCACGUCCAGAUCCCUCGAAAAAGAAAUGGCCCGAGACACCCGUGUACGAUUCGUUAACUACCACUGUUCCACAUCCAAUCAUGUUUUUCCCUUCGCACUUAGCGCCGCCAUCGACUCCCCUUUUUACAGGCUCUCAGACGGUCAACGAUUAUAUGCGGAGCUAUGUCGACAAGUUCGAACUGAGAAAGUACAUUCAGUUUAAUGCACAGGUGACCUCGGCGACUUGGAAUAGUUCAACCCAUCAAUGGAAGGUCGUCACCAAGCCACAUGAAGGACCAGGAGCUGAAAGCGUCUCUUAUUUUGACCAUCUGCUAGUAGCCAAUGGACACUACCGACACCCCUUCGUUCCAAAUAUUGAUGGGUUCGGAGAAUGGGCUUCAUCAAACGACCGAAGCUAUAUCCAUUCGAUAUGGUACCGUACACCUGACCCAUACCGCAACCGCGACGUCCUGGUUAUCGGAGGGAGUAGCUCGGGAGUCGAUUGUAGCGACAAAAUCUCCCUUGUGGCGAGGAAGACAGUCCAUUCGGUCAGGUCACUCGGGGACCAGGACUUUGAGCACAUCAUCCAGAGAGGCGCUAUAUCCCACUUUACAUCCGACGGCUUCGUUCAUUUCAAGAACGGGAAGAGAGAAUACGUAGACCGAGUUAUUUUUGCAACCGGGUACCAAUACGACUGCUCGUUCUUGACGCAACUACCGGUCGAGGAACCACAGUACACCUCUGGCCACUUGUACAACUCGGGAUUCCAUAUAUUCCCGCUUGCACUACAUACAUUCCCCCUUCGAGCAGCGUUUCCUCCGAACUCUCUUGCAUUCAUCGGGUUGCCCAUUGGGAUCACCGUGUUCAGUCUGGUCGAGGUUCAAGCUACGCUCGCAGUCCGCCAAAUGACGGGUGGAGUCUCAUUAGACUUUGAUUACGAGUUAUCACGAGCUCUGCAAUGGAACGACGAGCUGCAGAAGACUCAACCCUCGGCAUUGGAGGUGGCAAGAGCAUGGCAUAAGUUUCGAGGCCACAUGUCAUAUGACUUCCUUGAUUUACUAUGGCAGAAGGCGAACGAUGGUAGGCGUAUCCCCAAGUGGAAGAGAGAUUUGGUGCACCAUGUAUACGCCAUGCACACAGAGUGGAAAGAGCUAGAGAGGUUAGGGUUAGCCGCAAGGUGGGCGCAUGGGGUAGGAAAGGGAGGAAUUCAGGAUUGGAUUGAUCUGAUGUGGCGAGUCAUACAUCGAGCGGAAGAUAAGCAGCGGAGGCACAUGAACCUUUUGACUUAA